AUGGUACAAAAAUCAGAACUUGACAUUGACAUUUAUGGGGAUUUGAACCCUUCAAAGCCAAAGGAAAAUAUUCAGAUAUCGAACUCUGAGAAGACAGCAUUAAAUGCUGAAGCGCCAAGUUUUAAUGCAAGAAUGGAUAAUUCGAGAUAUCCGCCUCCAAUGGGGCCACGAAAUCCAAGACAGGCUUCUUACGACCGACGUAUGAUGCCACCACCAAGACCUAGAAGUUAUGCCGCCCCUCAGCCAGCAAGACCUGCCCCUCUACCUACUCCGUAUACAUUGUGGUGCGCAAGAUGUUCGUCAGAUACACACACGUUCAAAGAUUGCGUCAAAUGUAAUAAAGAGGGUUACAUGGAGGGUUGUCCGAGAUGCGAAACACUCGACCAUCAAUAUUUCGAAUGUCCAAUCGAAAUAAAGAGACAGGAGGAAUACCAUUACACAAGACAAUGUCGAAGAAAUAGACCACCUUGGAGAUUGAGAAAGGACCACAGAGAUAUUCGAAAGAUGCUCAAUGGUCAAGAUAUCAGCGAGCCAGAUGAUAUACCUUGGACCGCAGAAUUUUCGAGGAAAAAUGUCGGAAGGGAUAUCCCAAGCCAUUAUCUUGAUCCUGCUUGGCACGAUUAUGAUAAUGUACCUAUACACAGAUAUCAGAGAUUGACCGUCCUUAUGUUCCAGGUUUUACAACCCAGUGGCAUUGGAGAGCGAAGUAUCUUUCAGAACCUAAGAGACCUGGACUGGUUCCACAAUCAAUACAGAAACAGCAGAUGGCGAGAAAGUCGGAGACAAUGGCUAGAUCAGAAACAUCAGAGACAAUGGGUCUACCAAAGGUAUCAGCGCCACAAGACACCCGCGACAUUUGAGUUUUCAUUCAAAGUGUCCAAACCACAGUUCCUAUUCAGGAUGAAGAAGAGUUUGAUUUGA